AGGAGUCUGAUGGCCACACUCCACAGUAGCUGGGCAGAAGGGUGGCACAGAAGGUGGAUACCAGGCAGCCAAGGGCAGUUUCCACUAACACAGAAUGUAACGGUUGUAGAAGGCGGAACUGCAAUUUUGACCUGCAGGGUUGAUCAAAAUGAUAACACCUCCCUCCAGUGGUCAAAUCCAGCUCAACAGACUCUGUAUUUUGAUGACAAGAAAGCCUUAAGGGACAAUAGGAUCGAGCUAGUCCGUGCUUCCUGGCAUGAACUGAGCAUCAGUGUCAGUGAUGUGUCUCUCUCUGAUGAAGGACAGUACACUUGUUCCUUAUUUACAAUGCCUGUCAAAACUUCGAAGGCCUAUCUCACUGUUCUGGGUGUUCCCGAGAAGCCACAAAUUAGUGGAUUUUCAUCACCAGUGAUGGAAGGAGACUUGAUGCAGCUGACUUGCAAAACAUCUGGUAGUAAGCCUGCUGCUGAUAUAAGAUGGUUCAAAAAUGAUAAAGAAAUCAAAGAUGUAAAAUAUUUAAAAGAAGAGGAUGCAAAUCGUAAGACAUUCACUGUGAGCAGCACCCUGGAUUUUCGAGUGGACCGGAGUGAUGACGGAGUGGCAGUAAUCUGCAGAGUAGACCACGAAUCCCUCAAUGCCACCCCUCAGGUAGCCAUGCAGGUGCUAGAAAUACACUAUACACCAUCAGUUAAGAUUAUACCAUCCACUCCUUUUCCACAAGAAGGACAGCCUUUAAUUUUGACUUGUGAAUCUAAAGGAAAACCACUGCCAGAACCUGUUCUGUGGACAAAGGAUGGUGGAGAAUUACCAGAUCCUGAUCGAAUGGUUGUGAGCGGCAGGGAGUUGAACAUUCUCUUCCUGAACAAAACUGACAAUGGUACAUAUCGAUGUGAAGCCACAAACACCAUCGGCCAAAGCAGCGCAGAGUAUGUCCUCAUUGUACACGAUGUUCCCAACACUUUGCCUCCCUCUACUAUCAUCCCCUCCCUUACCACUGCAACAGUCACAACCACUGUAGCCAUAGCAACCAGCACAACCACAUGGGCAACCACCAGCCGCAUAAGAGACCCCAAUGCUCUAGCUGGCCAGACUGGCCCAGACCAUGCUCUCAUAGGAGGAAUAGUGGCUGUGGUUGUCUUUGUCACAUUGUGUUCCAUAUUUCUGCUUGGUCGAUAUCUUGCCAGACAUAAAGGAACAUAUCUAACAAACGAAGCUAAAGGAGCUGAAGAUGCACCAGAUGCUGACACAGCCAUUAUCAAUGCUGAAGGCAGCCAAGUCAAUGCUGAGGAGAAAAAAGAGUAUUUUAUUUAAAAUUCAGGCCUCAAUUCUCAGUUUUACGUACCAGGCUGGCUGCUGGCGAAAACUGGCUAUCAUCUUUCAGAAAUCAUUUCUACCAUCCUCUGCUACUUUUAUUAACUUUCAUACUGUACUGUUCUCAGUAGCCAGUGUAUACCAACAAUCAGCUGUCAAAAGCAUCAUUCUUUAAUUACUGUACCAUCCAUAAUGCAGGACAUUUCUUCCGCUAAAUUUUACACCAUUGCUCUUUUAACAUACAGUGCUUGAAUAUACAGCCUUAACAAUGUUAAUCAUCUACUUUGGUCAUUAUAUUGAGUUGUUUCAUACAUUUUAAAAUGUAUGCAGAUGUCCCACCCCCACUUUUUUCCCUUGUAAGUCAUAGAUUUCAUUACUUUGACAUAGGAUGGCUUUCACAAGUAGCAGGAUUAGGUAAAGACCUAUUAUACCGAAGUUUAAUUGAAAAAAUAGAGGUUUACAAAUAAUUUUUUCUACUUGUCUAUCUUUAAAAACACAUGUUUUAGUAACAUAUGCCCUACAAAAUACAAACUGAAAGCACUGUAGUGUAGUUUCUGAAAUGUUUGAGAUUAUACUGAUAAUGCUGAAUCAAUUUGCUGUUUAAAAUAUAGCAUUUGAUACAGGAGCCAUGUGUAUAAAUUAUAAUUACAACAUGACACCUUAUAUAAUUAUAUAUUCACAUCAUUAGUUUGUUUUAAGUUCAUUUACCAAUAAAUUGUCCAAACACUUAAUUGUUUUGGGAAUUACAAGAAAUCAUUCAUUUAUCUAUUUGGUUCUGUAAUUUAUUUGCUCCAUAAGAACUCAUCUUCCUAAACAAAACUGAAGUAUUCAUAGGGCACAAUUUUGAGACAUUUUAGUAUCUGUAUAUAGUGCAUAUAAUAAAUCUAAUUAAACAUUAUUUGAUACGUAUUUAACUUUUUUGGCUGUAGGUAAUUCAGUCAUAAGUAAGCAUUUUCUAACGUCCAUUAUAUCCCUUUAGAUAUUACUUAAACAAAUGUUAUAAGUAGAUAACAUGUAUUAGUAUUUUUGUCUGUAUGUCCUAGCACUGUUCAACAACAAAUUUUUCUAGUUCUUGUUAAUUUUUAUUUCUUAUACAAUGGAAGCACAAUGUUAUAAGGAAAGGUAAUUUUAAGCUAACAACCAGUGCACAGCCUCAGGUUUUAAAUUACAACCACAGUUGAAUAAUAACCUAAAAAUAUACUCUUUGUUUGCUACAAAUUUACAAAUUUUAAUUUGGCAGUUCCAGAAUUGCUUUCCUUUGUUGGUUUGCCAAAAAGAAGUGUUUAAGAUAUGUGUUCUGUAUAAAUGAGCUAAUUCUUUAUAUUAAAUUCCUGUCUAUGCAUUUUGUGAGGUACAAACUUAUGAAACAGUGAGUGAUAGAGAAUUUCUGCCAUGUUUUUAACUCCAAGGUGAAAGUCUCUUUCUCUGGGUUAUUUUGAAAUUUUGAUGUAUUUAACAAUUAUGAAAUGCUGUAUUCUCAAAUAUGACACAGAGUCAAUCUAAAGUCCUAUUAUUUCUUCAAGUAAAAUAUAAUAUUGCUAGAUUAGUUGUCAUUAAAUUUAUUAUAUGCUAAAGAGUAAAAAUCCAGUUAGAUAAAAAGUUAUUUUCCCAUUUACAAGUCUUGCACCUUUAAGAAGAAAACAAAUAAGACAAAAUGGUAGCUAUACUUGUGCUGUCUGACAGCAUGAUGGCCUAGGGAUUUACAAAUAAUAUCUGGAAUUUAUUUUUGAGGAAUGAGAAUGGUUGAGUACAACAUCAUGUAUUAAUAGCAAAUGAAAGAUAAAGGUGCUGUAUCUUAGAUUAUUUAUCAACAAAGUAUCAAUCUUUUAAGGACAAUGUUAGAAUUUUUAAGUUGUUUAUUUUUGAUUGUUGAAGCAUUUAUCUUGAUUUCUUACAAAAGAAAAAGGACGAUGUCAGUCAAGCAGCACUUUUUCUAAAUAUACAGAACAUAAAUAAUAUGAUGUGGUUGAGUGUUAACAUAAUAAAUCAUAUACAGUAUGACAUUUUAAGGAAAUAAGUCUGCAUUGAUGUGAUUGCAUGCUUGUUUUUGCAGUUCACUCCAUACCAUCUGUGGAAAAAUGCAAUAAUAUGUUAAUAUAGUAUGGUAGUUUGAGAGAAUCAGGUAGGUGCUACUAGACACAUUGAAACUAGAAUAGGUUUAUAAACUGUUCAUAACUUUCAAUGCAUAAUCGUUAGAAAGACUCCACAAAGCAAAAUUCAUCCUGUUAGUACAAAAUGGGAAGGUUCCUAUUGCCGAAGUAAAUUGUAUAAACUGCAUCAUCAAUUACUAUUUAAAGCUUAAUUUCAGGAUGCACUUACGAAAUUGCUACUUUUCAUUGAUGCUGUAUUUACAUCCCUCUUCAUUUCAUCUAUAUUCUACUUGGCUCCAACCACUAAAUUGUUUCCUAAAUAACUCAGUCAUUAUUUAUAGUACUGUAAAAUUAGAAAUCCAAAAUUGGUUGCAUUUCAAGAUUAUUGACGUUUAACCCUUCAGGAUAAUAUAAAAUCUCAUUGUAACUCUUAAAAACUAAAUAAAUUAACAUUCAUAGGCUUUAAUAAAAUCUUUCAGCUAAAUAUAGUUCAAUUUGAAUUAAAUGUCAUUUUCUGUAACAAGAAAAAAUAAUUAGCAAUGGAGUUUCACUUUUCUAUCUUUAUAAAACAUUUGACUUCACUAAACAAGGGAAUAAAUUACAAACAAAUUCUAUUCCAACAAAUUAGAAAAAAAUCAUGUAAGAUACCUAAAUGGGACCCAUGUAUAUUUUGAGGUCUGAAAUGUGCACGCUCGUGUGCACAUCGAGCCCCUCUCUGUCUCCUAAUGGAGCACAGAGUUUGGAGGACUCAGUGGAAGAAGUGUGUGCACUCACAGUCCUCGUAGAAUAUGGAGCGUUAUUCUUUACCAAAAGUAGCUAUUCUCUGCCAGUGUACUGUUUACAGUGUAAAUUGUCCUCCAUCAAAAAAAAAAAAACUCUAAACAGCAUUCUUCUUUUCCUCUUUUCCAUUUUUUGAAUGUACUCUGUAGAAUAAUAAUCUAAAUUAGAAGAAAAGGAAAAGUAUGUGUAAAAGCAAGUGUAAAAACAGAACAUGAGUAUUGAUGUCUGUGUGUUUGAAUGCAUCCAUGUGUGUAAGUGUGUGUGUAAAGAGCGUGUGUGUGUGUGUGUGUGUGGAAAGAGAGCAAGAGAGAAAAAAACACACGCACAGAGAUUUCAACUGUUUUCUUUACUAGAAAAAUCCAAGAAGUAGUUUAGGCGAACUGAUACUGGAGUUUAAUCUAGAAACUGGAUGAUCUCACAUUAAUUCAUGAUUCUUAAUCUUUCUUUGACACUCCACAAUUAAAAGGACAAAAAGAGAAAGAAAACGUAACUUUCCUAAUAAUACAGAGAAGUCAGCACCUCAUUUAUUUAAUUUCUUUGUAAAAAUAUAAAUAUCUCAAUUAAAAGACAGGCUCACUUGUAAUUAUGUACUCAUGACUGUAACUGCAUUAAGAUUCCAUAUAGGCACAUGUACAGCAGCUGUUUGGCAGUGAUGGCUCUUCCAUGUAACAUAGCAGUUAUCGUGUAAUUUAGUGCCACUUAUUGCAAAGUGUUACCAAAGGGAACACUGAAACACUUUUCCUUUUUUCUUUGGACAUAAAGAUAAUUUAAUGGAUGGCAAAUACAAAAUUUACACGUUGUUUUUUAAUUGUGGAGAAAAUGCAAACCUCAUAACUUACUGCAACUUUCCCAUGAUAGUUAAAAUUACUUAGAACUUUUGAAAUAUGCCCAAUAUUAUUUCCUUUUGCAAGUGGUAAUCUGUGAUUAAUACACACAAAAAUACAAAAAUUUAACUAAUAAUCACAAAUGAAACAAAUAAAAAAACACACCUAGUACAAAGUAUUGAUGAGUAAUGCUUUUGUUAAGUGGCACGAAGUACACACUAAAAACUAUGCAAAAUAUAGGUAACUACAGUGUAUGUACAUGUAAGUAUCUUGUACUUGCUGUGUAUGGAUGUUGGAAACCCAUGUAAUUAUAAUAUGCAUUUUGAAUACUGGGAAAGAGGAAAUCUAGUGUAGAUAAAAUAAUUUGUUUUGAAAUAUACACUGGCAAUAUUGAAAAAUAGUGCAAUAUCUGUGAUUCUAUGGCUGGAUACUUAAUGCAAAGGGAUUUUAAACAAUUCUUAGACAAGAUCCAAGAGUUUGUUAAUCUUCACCUCUCACAUAUUAGAACAUUAAUCAAAAAUUCAACUAAUUCAACAAGUUUAUGGUUUUUUUACUUAAAUAUUAACAUAAACCAAUAAAAUUAUUAUUUCAUUUAAUUUUUAGCAUGACUUCAGAGAAAUAACCUGAAUUUUAAACUUUGAUUCACAUCUAAUUGACUUUGAAAUUCUUAAACUAUCUUUAAAAUGUGUUUUUAAUAGAUUUCAUUUCUUUUCAUAAGUAUGCAUUUAUUCAAUCAAUGAACAUAGAGUACCUUUAAUAGUUACAGUCAUUGUCUCUUAAUGACUAUUCUGUACUAUUGUUUUCCUUUUACUCCCUAUUCCAGCCCAAACAUACCCUUUGCACUUAACCCUUCCAAAGGCAAUGGAUUAAAAGUAGUAGCAAGAUAAUAAAGAGAGUUAAAAGGAACAACAUAUAAAUAUGGGUUCUAUAAUCAUCAGCAUUUUUAUGUAUUGAGAUUAUUAAUAUUGAAUGCAAUAGUUAUUGGAUAUAACUGGUAAUAUCUCUGCCAUGCAUACUUACAAUAAUCCUUCUACCUCUCACUUUUAACAUGGGCUAUGAUACUUCAGUAUAAAUAGAGGAAAUAAUAACUUACAAGAUAUCCCAGGAAGCAUUACUUUGGGACUCUCAUAACAGUGCACACCCUACCCCUGGGAAAUCUCAAAAGCCAACUUCUUGUAGUAUAUUCUAUGGUGUUUGGGUCUACGUUUGUUUUCCUUUUUUAUCAUUAACUUUUCCUAUAGGCAAAAUAUGAUACAAUGUGAUAUGGAUAGUUCUUCUCAUGCCUAUUUAACAUUCCACUGUAAUAUAAUUGUAAUAUUAAAAAAUAAUUUAAAUGGCAAUACUUUGCAAUCUCAUCUACUUCAUUUAAUGUUUAAAAUGUAAUUUCUUAUAAAUUAAUGUGUUUGAAAUAAAAAUCACGCAUACGAUGAUAUAUUUUGGUGAGAAGUAUUAUCGAUAUGAGACAAAAAUUUAAGUAUUGUUACAAAAUAAUCCCAAGUAAUGCAAAGUAUUGCCACACAUUCCCACUUUAUUUUGUCUGCAUAGGCAUAAUAUAAAAUUUUCAACAAUGUCAUUUAAUUAUACUAAAAGAAAAUGCCAUUUAAGGGCAUAUUUUCCUCUAGGAAAAAAAGGAUAUAUUAAUUUCUUAAUUAUGAUGGUGAAUCUUAAAAUAUGCUUAAAGUAAGAUGUUUCUGUGUUAUGUGGUUAUAAUACAAAUAAUAUUUGGUUUAAUCUUUACCUUCUUUUUCAUAUUUAUAGAAUUUUGGAGAGAAUGGGCCCCAAUGUGAAAAAGAUGUAAAGAAAAAUGUCCUUAUUUUCCCCCUCUGAUAUAUACUGUACAUUUCAAAAGAAAUAAAGUUAAAAGAUAUUUGAAGAUUGCAGGGGCAAAAAGAAAAACUUACCAGGGCUCAGCACUUAAGCACUUUUCCCACACCCAGGGUCAAAGCACCAGUGAUUCCUACAUGGACUUUUAAGUGCAGUAUGAAAUGCAACAUUACGCUUACACACAGUACUGUCAAACCUCAAAUACUUCUUUCUCUUUAGAUGCUUUUCCUUGUACAUGAUACUAGUAGACACUUUUCUCUUUAUAUUUGCUGUUAGUGAAAGUCACACGCAAUAAAAUAUUGAUGGUUGAAAGCAGUGGUCAGUAAUUGGUUAAAAAACGUAUAAAAUGUAAACAGAAUUGUUAUAUCUUUUCUCCUU